CCAGUAUCUAUUAUUAUUACAUCAUCGCAUGUUAGGAUGGCGCCCACGCGCUUGAUCGGCGCGUGUAACGAACGUGCUCCUUUCUGAUCUCGUGUGGCUGUUGCUUAAGCUUCAAUUUAGUUGGAAUGUCACUUGUCUUCAAAGUUUCACCUCACCGCCACCAAAUUCUCCCCUCCAAUCUCUCCUCCUCGCUCUCUCUCUCUCUCUACAAACUUGGGGAAGAUCUCCCUUCCCAUGGGCUCAGCUCCGAUUCAGCGCCGCAGCGUCAUUCUCGGAUUUGCUCUUGUAGUGUUGCUUUUGAUUUCCGCGUUCCAAUCAACUGAGGCGUCGAUUCAUGUUUACGAAAGCGAUCCGCUUCGGGAAGUCGGCAAUGCUUAUCUCCUCUCCGGCGGCAGCGAAGGCAUCGCUGCCUCGGAUGAGCAUAGGUCUUAUAUUAGAUUUGAGAACAUAACCUUCUGGGGGAGUAAAACAGCAGCUGAUCAUCAACCAACUGUGGAUUUCAACGGUGGGUUGGUUCAAGUUAUUAUAUUUGAGGCAGCUGAUCGUGACAAUAUCGGCGGAUCUGCUUACGGCGGCCAGAGAUCACUUUGUUGCACACCUGAUCUUGCUAAACUCGAAGGGUGCAAAGAAGGGGAAGUAAUUAGAACGCCGUCAGCUACAGAUAAGAACUGGCCUGUUGCUUUGAACAUUUAUUUUAGAGGAGACAUGGCGUACGCACAUAUGAAGAACAAAAAAGAGGUCAACAUAAAAAAGACGGGGAUGUAUAAUUUAUUCUUUAUGACAUGCGACACAAGACUCCGGGGCAUGAGAGUGACGGGAAGGACUGUUUGGAAGAACCCCGGUGGAUAUUUACCAGGCAGAAUGGCUCCUCUGAUGAAGUUUUACAUAUUUAUGUCGAUAGCAUAUGCAAUUCUUUGUGGUAUAUGGGUUUUCCAGUACGCCAGAUAUUGGGACGACGUGUUGCUACUGCAGCAUUGCAUCACUUCUGUUAUUGCUCUUGGUUUGUUGGAAAUGACAUUCUGGUACUUUGACUAUGCUUACUUCAAUAGCACGGGAAUGAGGCCGGUUGGUAUUACAACCUGGGUUGUGACAAUUGGAGCUGUAAGAAGAACCCUUUCACGCAUUCUUAUACUCUCUGUUUCUAUGGGCUAUGGUGUUGUUCGACCUACCCUAGGUGGUCUAACGACAAAGGUGCUUCUUGUUGGAAUCACCUAUUUCCUGGCAUCAGAAAUGCUCAAUAUUGCGGAGUAUGUAGGAAGCAUAAAUGACAUAGCAGGGCGAGCAAGAGUGUUUUUUGUUCUCCCAGUGGCAUUUUUGGAUGCCUUCUUGAUUUUAUGGAUCUUCACUUCUCUUUCGAAGACAUUGGAGCAACUGCAGGCUAAAAGGAGCUCGAUCAAAUUGGACAUUUACAGAAAGUUCUCGAAUGCCCUUGCAGUUGCUGUUAUUGCUUCAGUUGUGUGGAUAGGAUAUGAGGUUUAUUUCAAAGCAACAGACCCCUUCAACGAAAGAUGGCAGAGCGCUUGGAUAAUCACUGCUUUUUGGGACAUUCUUGCAUUUGCUUUACUCUGUGUCAUCUGCUAUCUCUGGGCACCGUCCCAAAACUCCCAACGAUAUGCAUACAUGGACAGCAAGGGAGAUGAGACGGAUGAUGAAGAAACUGAAUCAUUAUGCAGAGAAUCUCCGGGCAACAUAAGUUUAGUCAAGCAAGAUACAAAGGAUGGAGACUCUUCUGACGCGGACGAGGGAGAGGAAGGUAAGAGGGAGUGACGAAAAUGCCAUGGACGAUCCAUGCAUCUCCAUCCUUGUCGUGGUAGUGGGAGCUUGCUUGGCACUUGCAGCAUUAGCGAGUCGAGAAGAGAUCAGAUUGGCUCCCGGGAGUUUUACUGGUACGCGAGCGAGUGAAGAACAAACUCAUUUUGUUUCUUUGUUAAAAUGUAUAGGUGAAAUGAAAUGGAAGCAGGCAGCAUUGGCAUUCCCCACCCCACUGAUUCUUGCAAUUUUUUUUGUUCUUUCUUUAGUUGUUUUUGGGGUGUAAGCUUUCAUGAUGAUGUUGUGUGUUGUAAUGUGAUGUUGUGGUGGUUUUGUGGAAAACAGACACUGUAGAAUUUUAACAAUGCAGCAACCAACUUAAUUGGGAUUUUGAUGA